AUGGGAUUCAUCGCUUUCCUCCUGAUUUUAGCCACUGCCGUUGCUGUUCAAGUAGCGGGCGGUGAGGAGCACCUGGAGCUGCAAGAAUGCUCUUCUUCCACAGCAGUAACCCAACUGCGGCCCAUGGUGCAUCCACCGGUGCCUGAGACAUCUGUCACCCUGGUACGAGAGCUCAUGGACCCCUUCUCGCUGCAAGACUUCGCCGAGACGUUUUGGGAAAGAAAACCCAUGGUCAUUCGAGGAAGAUCUCCGAACCACUACGACCGCCUGGUGGAGUUCGGUUUGGGUGACGUGGAAAGCGUGAUCGAGAAGGGAGUCUCGCUUUCCGGGGAAGGAGAGGAGCCCAUGGUCCUGGGCAGUGACUGGAACAUCAUCAAGCGGGUGUUCGUGCAAGCUGACGACGGUCCGGGAAGCAACGUACCACCGGCACCAGGAAAGACGCAUGCCGGGGGGGCAGACAGAGUAGUGUCUCUGGAGGAAGCUCGCAAGGCUUUUCACCGAGGAGGGUUUUCCGUGGUCAUCAACCGACUGCAGAGGAGGUGGCGCGGCGUGUUGAGGGCUUCGCGGGCGCUGGAACAUGUGCUGGGGCAGCCCGUGAACGCGAACCUGUACAUGACCCCACCCCAAAGCCAGGGAUUCGAGGCACACUUCGACUGGAUGGACGGGAUUGUGGUUCAGCUAACAGGGUCCAAGACUUGGAUACUGUACCACGAGAUGGUUACGAUGCCGAGACCGGACCUGAAGUUCAAACCCAAGGCCGCUGAGCUGGGGGAGCCGAUCGCCGUGCUUGACCUUUAUCCCGGGGAUAUGAUGUACAUACCACGGGGCUGGCCUCACGAGGCAGCGGUUAACGGCACAGCCGCGAGGCCGGGUGGAGGGAGGGGGGCGUCGCCAAGCAGCAGCACAGCUAGGGGGCCAUCGCUCCACGUGACUUUCGGAGUCGAAACGGCCUUGUCGGGCACGUACGAGUCGCUGCUGCACCACGCGCUGGAGGUCGCGGCGGUGGAGCACCCGUUGCUUUUCGGGCUCUUGCCAGGAGGAGGAGAGGAGAGCGACAAACGAUCAGCCAACGACUCUGAUGAAGACAAUCAAGGCCGUAUGGGGGGGGAUGCCGAGAUACCGUGGCUGCAGCUGCUUCACCUCUGGGUACACGACGUUGCUUCUCGCGACGCGCGCCUUCGAAAAGCUGUGCCUCUGGCGCCCCUUUUCUUUGCGUCGUCGGAGGGACGCCCAGCUCCUGCAACAGCCGCGAAAGACAACUCGGACGCCGGCAGCAUCGACGACGACAACAUCAACGUCGCCGGUGGUCGACGCGAAGGGGUCUGUACGGCGUCAGCCCAGCGACAAGAGCACCAGACGGUGGCACCCUCCGCCGUGCUCCAGGAGUUCAAAAUAUCGCUGGAGGCGUGUGCGGGGAGUGCCGCUGCCGACGAUGCCCCCGGGGUGGGAGGGGCGGCAUCGAGCACGCUGGCGCUUCUGGACUCGCUGCUGGACACCGAGCAGCUGUACCGUGUGAGGGAGAUGUUCUUUGUCGGCGACGGCGAGCUGCGCGGUCAUGGUGGCGGCGACAGUUCCGGUGGUUAUGCGGCGGCGGCGGCGGCGGCACAGCGGGGCGGGGAAGAUGAGGAUGCGUUUGAGGCCGUGCUUUCUUCCCGAAUGUCCGAGGAGACGGAGUGGAGCAGGGCAACGCUGGAAGCGUUCGACCGCACGCGCUUUUCGUCUUCUUCGCUGCGGGAAAAAAUGGAGGGGUUUCGAAAGGUGGCGUCGCCCGAAGGGGCGCUGCGGCGGAUGGUGGUAGCCUCAUCAAGAAGAGCAAGAGAAAGGGACGAGAUCACCGAGCGGGACUUAGCUAGAUGCGGGCAGGGUCCGCCGAACCGGGGUGGUGUAGCGGUGUAGCGAUCGGUGUAUGCAUACCACUUUGACUGCUGCUGUGUGUUGUAGACGAAUGCCGCGUUGUGUGUAUUCAAUGUACUGUAGAGGUAGUCUAGGGACAUACGAGUGAGAGGGUGCUUCGGCUCGAAAAACGAGGGAAUAACAAGAGAUCAGGUACUUGUAACGAUCAAGUUUGUUGUUUGUUCAAGAGUCUGAGGGGGAUGUUGGGGGACUGAUGUUUGUGGCUCCAUGCGGAGUUAAGAAAGCGCGUGUCGACGUGUUGAUGUAUUCGGUGCCAACGUCUGGGGUGUGAAAAUGGUAGCGUUACUAUGUGUG